AUGCUUGACAAAGGGUCUUACUUGUUGGAGAACCCGACAAUCGAUAAGGAUGCCGAACCAUGGAUGGACACCCCCUUCGUCGCCAGGUACAUCGUCGCCGAAAGAGCCCUCGAGCGUCCCAUGCAGCAGGACAUGGUCAACCAUUGGAGACUUUGGUUCGCCCUCGGUCCUAACAACUGUCUUGUUAUGGACAUGGUCAAGACGUCGGUCCAAGACAAAAGCGCAUUUAUAGGCGUCGUUCUCAAGUUGUCGAAGCGUCGCAUGACCGAAAUCAAAGCGCUUCCUAGACGUAACGACGUAACUGUCCGCAAAGUCCUCGAUUUCCUCAUCCGCAAUGGGAGAUUGAGAUACCGUUUUACCGAAAUGGGGACAGGUUGUGCGUGGUGGGUGGCAAAGGCUGUGGCGGACCUGGAGGAACAUGGCUUUAUCAGGAAGCCAGAUGGAGCGGUAUACACGCAUGACACCAUGGCUGACACCGUCUUGGAGGCGGUCAAGAAUCUCUAUGAGGAGAAGGAGGACGGCGGAAUACAGGUGACGCCAUUCGCGUUGGAACCUCGAUGUAGUAUCUUCUACUGGUACGUUAAUUUACGGUGA